ACCCGGAAGUGUAGAGGGGAACAGAAAGGUGCGGAUCUGUGUGGACGUGGACUUUGGAUGCUUCCACUCCUUUGGCCUCCGCUCCACCAAUAUGUUGUAAUUUGUCAGUACACUGAAAUUAUGGAUAGCAAAGGACAAGCACAACAAGGCUGAUGAUGCAAGACAUUUAUAUCUUCAUUUCCGAGACCGCAAUGACCCGAUUUUAAUAGCUUAAUGUUUCCCGUGGAAUAGACAGACUUUCGGUCACAAAGUUCCCCAGUGCCCCAUUUCCCAAUAUUUUUUUCGAUAGUUGCAGGUUCCAAGUCGGUAACUGCGCCGUUUGCAGUCCAGUUGACAGAAAUGCACCUGAUCAUAGAAAGUACCCUGAACACCUGUGAUGACAAGGUGACCCUAGAUGUCCAGGAGCAGGACUCUGUGAUUGACACCAUCUACAGGUUCUGUAGACACAGGAACGUGGACCCCAGGAUUGGUGUGUUGAGGAAUGAGAAAGGACAAGUUCUGAACCCAACAUAUAGUCUGUCACUGUGUGGGAUCAAGGAUGGGGAUACUGUUUACCUCGGGGAGCCAGACAUGGAUGAGGUUCCAGCGUCCAGGUCAUGUGACAUCAGGUGCACGGUCAUCGCUGCUGCAGCUGUGCUGAUAGGAACUAUCGGACUGAUUGCUGUGUGUGUGUCUCAAGGCUGGACCUCUAGUCUCAGUGAUCAGUAUGGAAUAGUGCUGGAUGCAGGCUCCACACACACACAGCUGUUUGUGUACCGCUGGCCAGGCCUCCGACGUAAUGACACGGCAGCUACUGUGACACAGGUAGCAUCAUGUAGGGCAGAAGGUCCUGGAAUUUCGGGCUAUUCUGAUGACCCUACAAAAGCAGGCCCCUCAUUGGACAAGUGUCUCAGUACUGUUGCCAUGACAACAGUACCCAGCCAUGCCCGGGCAGACACGCCCAUCUACUUAGGGGCUACAGCAGGGAUGAGGCUUUUGAGGGACUACCACGUGUAUGCCCAUAGUUUCCUGUGCUAUGGAAGAGUGGAGGCUGAACGGAGGUUUUUUGCAAACCUUGUUGUGGCAGGCAAUUACACCAGUGAAGUGGAAAACCCUUGUGCACCCUCAGGAUACAACCACACCUUCCCUGCCUCAUACCUGUUUGAGGCACCCUGUAGUCAGGGCAAACAGGCUCUUCUCACCUGGGGGUCAGAGGUCACCUUUCCAGACCACCUGGAUGUAGCGGAAACAAACUUUACAAUGGUUGGAAGCAGUAGCUAUGCAGGCUGUGUGGCACAUGUGGACAAGCUAUUCAACUUUUCUGAGCCGUGUGAUUAUGCAUCAUGCUCAUUCAAUGGUGUAUACCAGCCAAGCCUGCAUGGAAACUUUCAGGCUUUCAGCUUCUUUUACUAUGUUGUGGAUUUCCUGAACCUAACAAGACCUGGCAACUUUUCCAUCUCAGAGUUCAACACAAAUGUUAACACCUACUGUAGUAAGACAUGGAAGGAGGUGCAAAGCAUCCCAGGUCCAUUGUUAGAUCAGCUGGCCCUCUACUGCCUGGAUGCCCAGUACAUCUACACCCUGUUAGUAAAGGGCUAUGGCUUUGAAAAGGACACCUGGAACGUUACCUUUAUAAAUCAGGUGAAAGAGACCAACCUUGGCUGGGCCCUGGGAUUCAUGCUCAACACAACCAACCUCAUCCCAUCAGAGGCACCGAUUAUCCAGUCCAAAUUAUCCCUGACAGCAUAUGCUCUGUUGAUUGUGCUGUUUGUAGUGUUCCUCCUGUUGGGAGUUGGGUUCAGUUACUCGGCCUACAAGGGCACCAAGAGUUCCAAAGACAGAUACAGACAGUUGUCAAAUUAUGGCAGUGUAUAAUAGGCUAUAUGAGGAUGUAUCUCAUGCAUCUCAGAAAUGUUUAAACAGUUUCAGACAGCCUUAUCAAAGUUUCAAAUGUAUCAUCAUCUCUUAAGAGCAACACUAACCAAACUGAGAUACAAUGUAUGUUGAAUAGAAAUAUCUCUGGAUCAGAUACUUAAGGUUAAAGGACUGAUAUUUUCAAUGACUAGCUGUUGUGCCAAACUAUAUUAAAGAUGGAAAAUAUAGAACUCAUUUUGACAAGUUCAGAAAUUAUUAAUGUCCAUCAAUAACAGCAGGGCUGUUAAUGACAGUGUACUUUGUACGUUAAGUUUUAGCUUAGUAUUUUAAAUGUAUUCUUCCUUCUAUGGUUUUCUUGGUAGAAAUUUAUUUCUCAGGCUAGAUAACAGCUAGCCUGUGUUACAUAUUACACAAUCUCUUGUUGCCAUGGGCUAACUGACUCGCUCCCGAGAUUGGUCCUGGUAGUUGGGUGGGGACUAGAAGCACAAUUUAGUCAGUUAGUCAACAAUUUGUGGUGAUGUUUUUUUACUUGUGUUUCUACACAAAGAUGCUGGUACAUGUAAUAAUUUUGUUAUCACUCUGCCAUUGCAUUACAUAAUCCAUGCUACU